AUUCAACUCUCGCGAUGUUUCGGCCUCUUCCUUGGCCGUCGUUGACAGAGACACGAAGGCCAUGUUCAGUACCAGCGCCAAGAUAGUGAAGCCCAAGGGCGAAAAGCCCGAUGAGUUCGAGUCUGGGAUUUCCCAGGCUCUGCUGGAGCUGGAGAUGAAUUCGGACCUGAAGGCUCAACUGAGGGAACUGAACAUCACUGCAGCUAAAGAGAUCGAGGUUGGUGGCAGCAGAAAAGCCAUCAUCAUCUUCGUCCCGGUGCCCCAGCUCAAGUCCUUUCAGAAGAUCCAGGUCCGCCUGGUUCGAGAGCUGGAGAAGAAGUUCAGUGGCAAGCAUGUGGUCUUCAUCGCUCAGAGGAGGAUCCUGCCUAAGCCCACCAGGAAAAGUCGCGUCAAGAACAAGCAGAAGCGCCCGAGAAGCCGGACACUGACAUCUGUGCAUGACGCCAUCUUGGAGGACUUGGUGUUCCCCAGUGAGAUUGUAGGAAAGAGGAUCCGGGUGAAACUGGACAGCAGCCGCCUCAUUAAGGUCCACUUGGACAAGGCCCAGCAGAACAACGUGGAACACAAAGUGGAGACGUUCUCUGGCGUCUACAAGAAGCUCACAGGCAAAGAUGUGGUGUUUGAAUUCCCUGACUUCCAGCUGUGAACCCAGGAGACAAAAUAAAGUUCUUUACAGUUCA